GGUGUAGCCCACUUAUGCCAACACCCUGUUCCCUUUGAUAGCCCGUCAGAGUCUGUUUUCUUGGCUGCGGGACUGGCUGUGUUCAGUCCGUCGGGUCCCAGCCUUCCUGCUCUGGUUUAACGACCAUGGAGCCAGCAGUUGCUCCUUGGCAUGGCUCCUGCUCAGACCAGAGAGUUCUGCCCUGACCUCUAUACCACCGUGGAUCCUUCCAGAAACAGGCAGUUGGGAGGCCUUGUGGGAACAGGAGAGUUGAUGGCUCAGGUUCCAUUGGCAGUUGGGCCUGAAAAUUGCGACGUUCUGGUGAGGACAAGAAGGUUCCAGAAGAGCCCUCGCUGCCCUACCUUCCUUGGUGUUGUCUUGGAAGGAGCUCCAUCUAGGAACCAGCACCCCUUGUCAGUCCAGAAGGCCAAGUGGCAAGCUUGGAGGUACCUUCUUGCAGAGCUGGCUGAUUGCAACUCCUCGUCCGGGGCUUCGCCCCCCUCUCAGCUAAGCACUACCACCCUGGAGGACCUGGGGCUCCUCCUGGAAGAAGGGCUGGAGCUCCUGAGUCUGGAGGAGAUCUCAGAGAGGUAUGAGCCCAGCUGCCUGGAAUCCUCCACUUCCGUCCCAGAGCAGGACACCCCCAAGCGCUGGGAGCACCUGGAGCAAUGGGUGGCCGACCUGCAGGCCGAGGUGGUGUCCCUGCGGAGACACAAGGACUACUAUGAGCGUUCCACAUUGAGCCUGCUACAAGAGCUGCGCCAGGUGCAGGUCAUCGUGCAGCUGCAAGACUCGGAGCUGAAGAAGCUGAAGCAGGAGUUACACCAGGCAGUAUGGGGCCCUGAGAAGGAGGCCCUGGAGUUCCCCAGCCCCCAGAACCAGAACAAGAUGCAGGUCCUGGACAAGAGGUUGGUGGAGGUCCGGGAGGCCCUGACCCAGAUCAGGAGGAAGCAGGAACUCCAGGACUCUGAGCGGAAGGGCACCAAGCAGGAGGCCAACCUCAGGUUAACCAAGUUGGCCAGGAAGCUGGAACAGGAGGAGCAGAACCGGGAGGUGGCGUGCAGUGCCCUGCAGAAGAGCCAGGAGGAGGCCAGCCAAAGGGUGGACCAGGAGGUGGCCAGGCUGCAGGCCCAGGUGACCAAGCUGGGGGAGGAGAUGAGCCUUCGCUUCCUCAAGAGGGAGGCCAAGCUGUGCGGCUUCCUGCAGAAGAGCUUCCUGGGCCUGGAGAAGGUGGGAGCUGGCCGCUGGGGGGCUCCGCCGUGGCCCCCGCCCCCGGCUCACGCAGCGGACGGAUCUCUCUCGCAGAGGAUGAAGGCCUCGGAGAACACACGGCUGAAGGUGGAGAGCAGCCUGCGGGGGGAGCUGGAAGGCAGGUGGCGGCAGCUCCAGCAGCUGGCGGAGGAGCGCCUGCGGGCCCUGCGGGGGCAGUGCAAGCAGGAGGAGUGCUACCUCCUGGAGCAGUGCCGGGGCCUGGACAGGGCCGUGGUCCAGCUGACCAGGUUUGUGCGCCAGAACCAGAUGUCACUGAACCGCGUCCUGCUGGCCGAGCAGAAGGGCCGGUGGGUACCCAAACGGGGCAGUGGGCAGAAAACGGGGGGGGAGGGGGGGAGGUCAGGCUGGGUGGGUGGAAGUGGCCUCAAUCCCUGGACCCCAGCUUCCUGAUCCCAGUGUCAGGCCCAGAUGAGUGCCUGGCAGAGUAGCCACGCACCCUCAGCCUGCCCCUCACAGGGGACUCAGGGUGGCAGCGGUGGACGCAGCCCUGUUCUGGUGGCCCCUGUGAUGGCACUCCCAUCCUCUGCUCCAGUGAGCUUCUUGGAAGGUUCUGGAGCCUGCAGCCAGGCUCCCGUCCCUGGCCCAGCUCUGAGGGGCAGGCCAGCCUCAGCUGAGGGACAGUCUCUCUCAGUGGCACCCACCCCCAGGGACACCAAGGGCCACUUGGAGGAAAACCAGGCCGGGGAGCUGGCUGCCUACUUUCAGGAGAAAAUGGAAGCCAUGCAACUGGCCAGCGAGCAAGCGCAGCAGGAGACGCAGAGCACCCUGGAGCUGCUCCAGGAGAAGAGGCAGGCCUUGGAGGCGUCUGUGGCUGAGCUGGUCAGACAGGUGGGCGACCUGAAGGACCACUUCCUGGCCCUGAGCUGGAGGCUAGACCUGCAGGAACAGACGCUGACCCAGAAGCUGUGUGAGGCAAAGAAUGAGUGGGAAGAUGCCGAGCGGAGAUCGCUGGAGGGCCUGGCCUGGUGUCACAAGGAGGCCCAGGCUUACCUGCGGGAGGUGCGGGAGACGGUGGACAGCCUGCCGCGGCAGAUAGAAGCCGUCUCUGACAGGUGCGUCCUGCACAAGAGUGACUCCGACCUCAAGAUCUCCGCUGAGGGCAAGGCCAGGGAGGUCGAGGUGGAGGCCGUGCGGCAGAAGCUGGCUGCUCUGCUGUCCUCCGUGCAGCUGCUCCGGGAGGGCAACUCCGGGCGGAAGAUCGCCGAGAUCCAGGGCAAGCUGGCCGCGUUUCAGAACCAAAUAAUGAAAUUGGAAAACAGCAUCCAGGACAACAAGACCAUCCAGAACCUCAAGUUUAAUUCGCAAAUCAAGUCGCGCAAGGAGGAGAUGGCCACACGGAAGGAGUGCCUGGGGGGGCCGAGGAGCGAGGAGGGCCCGCGGGCCCUGCCGCUGGACAGCAGGAAGGCGCUCAAGUCCCUGGGGAGAUGGCAGUUCGUCAAGGACAUGGCCUCUGGCGAGGUGGUCCCCGUGAACCGCUGGGGCGUGUAUCAGGCCGUGAGGUGGCUGCAGUGGAAGGCGGUCCUCAUGAAGCAGGUCGCCAGGCGGAGGCCACGGACAGUCUUGAAGUGGUCCCUUGCAGGAGCCUGCCCACCAGCGCCCAGACCGGCCCCUUUCCCAGAAAUAAACAUGCCACUCUAUCUGCCAGCGCCUGGCAUUCCCUCCAGGGGCUCCGGAGGCCCAGGCGGUGGGAGUGACCAAGAGGCUCCAUCCUUGAAGCCUGUCCAUCCCCAGCCCUGCUCCUGCCCGAGCCCAGCGGAGCCCAGCCCCGCCGUCUUCCGGGCCUUCCCCAAGAGGCACAGCAGCCGGGCAUCCACAGCCUCGGGAUCUGAGCGUCAGCCGGGCCCUCACGCCUGCCAGGUGCCUGCCCAGCAGAGAAGAGGCUCUUCCCGCCUCAUCGAGGGAGCAAACUGUCUGUCGGUGCCCUCAGCAGCGCCCUCCUCCCGCCUCUCCGAGGAAACGUGGCUCAGGGCAGCUGGCCCUGCCACCUGCUUCGGGGCUUGAGGAGGGGCCCCUGGGACCGGCCAGUGGCUGGCAGUGGGAGGGUUUUCCUGGGAGUCUCCGGAGCCAGGCUGGUUGGGCACAGUGUCUAGACCCCUGAGCCCACAGCCUCAGCGUGGCCACAGCUCCUGUCCUGCCCUCCCUCCCCGUGGGCAGAGCUCCGAGGGCUGAAGGCCAGGAUGGCUGGAUCCGUACCUGGCCUUCAGCCCCUGCCAUUCCUGCCCGGUGGCCUCUGGUGAUGGCAGCGCCAGGUCCCCGGAUGAUCCCUGACCCUCUUCCUGGGCCUGGAAAGUCCCCACCUGAACUGGUGUGUCCUCCUGGUGACCUCCCAUCUUCGAGGGCCCCCCAGUGUCCCCCAGGACAGCCGUAAGGGGACUCCAGACCCCUGCUGCCACAGCCCGCUAGGCCUCGGCCAGCUGCACGCCCUCCAGGGCCUGGGCGCCCCUGCCCGGCAGCUCCGGGCCGGUGUCCACCGACCAGCUCGCCAGCAGGUCACUGAAGUCGGGAGUCCCGGGGUGCAGCAGGCCCAGGGGGCUGGGCGCCGGCUCCUUCCAGAAGGAGGGGGGCAGCUUCCUCUGCGUCAUGGGUCUGAUGUGGCCGUACUUCUGCUCCAGCCGCAGCCGCUGGCUGGCCGACGCCCGGAGCACCGAGAACUGCCGCAGCCCGUAGUCGAACAGCUCGGCCAGCGGCCCCAGCGGCUGCGCCCUCUCUCCGCCGGGGCCGGUCUCACGCCCCCGCCCCUCGGGGCCCCUGGGGGAGUGGGCCCCAGGCUCAGCCGCCCUGUCAUCGCUGGGGGACCCUCCCUGGGCCAGGGGCACCAGGUCCGCGCAGUAAAGCUCCCUGGCCGAGCUGCUGGCCGAGUGGCCGUCAGCGUAGACGUCACAGGCGUCUGGGUCCUGCCCCCCGUCCUUUCGGCCAAAGUACCUCUGGAUGUCGCCGCUGAUGAGCUCAGAGAACCGCAGCAGCUGCAGGGGCAUCGCGGGGCUGCUGGGACCUGGAGAGGCCUCUUCCGGGGCGACUGUGGCCCACCCUGAGCUGUGGGGGGCUGGGCUGUGGGCCCCUGGCCCGUCCCCCUCCAGGUCCUCUUCGUCUUCCUCCCCUACCUCCUCUUCCUCCUCCUCCUCCUCCUCCUCCUCUUCCUCCUCCUCCUCAGAAGUGUCCGGGGGUUCCGGGUCUGGGGGCAGGAAGGGCCGGAGGGAGGGCAGGGGCAGCUGGAAGUCACAGAGAGGCUGGAUCACGCCUGCGGCCAUGUCCUCCACGUUGGAGCUUCUGGGGCCUCGGGGGCAGCAGCCGCCUGGGGGGUGGGGGGGAGAGGGGGCAGGUUACCAGUCAGGGCCUGCAGCCCCUGGUGGACAGAGCAUUAUGGCCACUCGCUCUUGGGGAGGGUGCUGAGCUCAGCAGUGGGUGAGAUUUGGGGGAGGGGGUCGGGGGCACCAUGGCAGGAGCGUGGCAGGAGCAGAGGCAGGCCGAGGGGGGUAGAGCAGCAGCGGGCUGGGGACGGUCAGGUCCUGUGAGCAGCGCAUCCUGAAGGGCGGUCAGCGGGGUGGGGGUCGAUGGCAGGGUGGUGCCAUGGAACAGCGGACUUGGGGAGAGAAGUCUCAGAAGACAGAAGCAGGGGAGGUGGGCAGCAGGCGCCCAGGGGCUGGGAUGAGAGGGUUUGGGGCCUUGGAGAGCACAGCCCUUGCCCCAGGAUGGGGUUGCUAUGGUUCCUGGGGUUGCUAUGGAUCACGGAGGUGGUGUCAGCCCAGGUGCUGGUCAAGGGACCCCUUUGCCCCCUCACAGGCCUGUUGGGUCGGGAGCAUCCCACUAUCCCUGAGAUGCCCACACUGAGCCAGGAACUGGGCUUGGCAUCCUCGGGGCUUCCCCAUCCCCAUUUCUGCCGUCCCAUCUAAUUCUAAUAAGAGCAGUCACAACGCCAGGCCUUCAUUUGUCCCCUGUCUGGAGACUGCUCCGCAGUGUGGCGGGUCAGCAGGAGGCAGAAAAGGCCGGUGGGCCUCUCUCGGCUGAGGCUUGGGAGGAUGGGGCGGGGAUUUGAGGAGGAGACUGUCAGGGGUGCCUCUGGCUCUCCCCUUGACCUGCAGCCAAGCUGGUUCUGAAUGCCAAAGCCCCCACCCCCCACCCAGGGAGCAGUGGGGCUUGCCCCCUGCAGUUGGGAAGCUGGUGAGUGAACCAGGA